UACACAGGAUAUGACUAUGAUGAGCCUGUUGAUUGGAAAAGGCUGGGUAUCCUGUAGAGUUAGCCAGAAUGUAGAGUCGGCUGGACAGUAAAUUAAUACUUCUCGAACCUUAGCGCACUUGUUACAAGCUGCGCGUUCAUCCCAAAACAUGAUUCAUGGCAUGGUUGCAGCAAGGAUAGAAGAUAAUGUUGUUAGUAUUACGCAGCAGAAGUUUUGCACCGCCACACUGCUAGUGUCUUCAUAAACUUUCAUGGAUAUUCUGCCUGAAUCCAACGAUCAAUAUGGUACCAAACAAUACUGGAAUCAGAGAUACGCUCGGGAAGCCGACGACGCCUCUUUUGACUGGUUCAAGUCAUACUCUGAAAUUUCAGACAUCCUUCGAAGCCUCAUUCCAGAUAAACGUUCGAGAAUCCUUAUGUUGGGAUGCGGGAAUUCAAAGCUAUCUGAAGACAUGUACGAUGAUGGCUACCACAAUAUUGUCAAUACCGACUACUCAUCGAUCAUCGUUGAGAAGAUGAAGCAAAGGCACGGAGACGCGAGACCCCAAAUGGAAUGGCACGAAAUGGACGUUAGAGACCUGAAGUUCGACGAUUCUAGUUUUGAUGUAGCGAUAGACAAGGGUACGAUGGACGCAAUGAUGACUGCGAAAGGGGAUAUUUGGAAUCCACCCCAGCAGGUUGUUGAAGAUUGCACAAAAGAAGUCAGCGAAGUGAUACGGACUCUUCGAAAAGAAAUGGGCGUCUUUAUAUAUCUGACCUUCGGACAGCCUCAUUUUCGAAAACGAUAUCUGACAGUCCCUGGAACGAAACUUGAAAUACGAGAGCUAGGCGAAGCAUUCCAUUAUUAUUUAUACAUCCUGCGUACUUGAUACUUGACGCGCGAGAGCGUUCCAGUUCU